GUCCGACAUGAAGGUGCUCACGCUGUUGGUCGCCAUCGCAGUCUUGGUGGCAUCUGCAAGGGGACAGAUGUUCGUGGAGAACGGCAGCAAAUGGAUCACCAACCCCUACCCAGAGAUGCGUGACGCCCAGCUGCUGCAGGAGGUCCGCCGUGGAGGUGUGCAGCCGCACGUCGACCCAGCUGGGCUGGCCCUUCGACCCCGGCUGCGCCCUCAGCUGCAGCAUCCGGCGCGGCGGCGCGCCUCCGGGGUACUUCGAGUGCCGCGACUCCGUCUGCCUGUGCUACCUCUCGACAGUCCCGCAGCCAGCUCCGGCUUCCUCUCUUCCUACCGUACGCUAAUACCUCAGCACUGAACAAGGUUUGUCUGUACCUUCGGCCAUAGCUAGAUACUAGUAGACUGGACACGACGUCAUUUUCGUGGCUCAAACAACUCUCGGCUGAAACCACGUGACUACUGGCAAAACGUGGUUGUUUCGUGUUGUGCUUAAGGGUUUCAGAGCGCUUUGUCGCCGGUGGCAAAAUUACAUUUAAUGGUGAAACUAUUGUUAUACUAAUGAAAAUAUGUUUACUGAAAAUUGUAGGGCAAAUGCAGCUAUUGUUACAGGCGCUGAAACGCAAGGACGGUAAGCCAACUUUCCACUAGCGCAUUUGCGCGAAACACUCUCAGGAAAAAUGUUUUGACAGGCCAAAGACUGGAGGGAGUUGGCUUUGCAGUGUUGGUGUUCCAACGCUUUUCUAUUUUCCUGAACAUAUUAAGGGGAAGAAACAGUGUUAAAUGCUCCUUCCUGUUUGCAUUUCUGUAGCUUUCGCGGACAACAAUAUCAACUGUUUGUUUUCUUUUAUAAGUGACCAGAGAUAAAAAAAAUCCGCGCAUACAACGUUUUUAGUUCAGACACGAACUCACUCUUAUUUCUUACAAGAAUUUUAGUGUCGUUUGCCAUAAUUGAUAUUUUAUCGAGUAAUUUCGUUUCGAUAACUACUCAAGUGGCGUCUUAUGUAUUUGUUAGGCUUUUAUAACUGCAACAGCAACAGAUGCAGGUCAACUGUAGCUCUGGUUUAAUUUAUCACAGAAGAAAAAAAAGUUUUUGUAGGAAUUACGCAGCAUUUCAUUAAGAAAUUUGUGAAAAAUAGGAUACAAAUAUCGGGAGCCAAAUUCCUGAUCUGAAAUGCUGCAAACAUUUUGCCAACAGUCACGUGGUUUCAAGUCUGAGACACUCCAAGCGCAUAGCCUCUGUACAUCAAGCCCUUUCUAUAGUUGUCUAUGGUCGAAGGUCUGUACAUAAGACGUUCUAAUUUCAGUUUGUACUGUUUGUGCAAAAUUAAUGUAAAGUGCAGUAUUUGGCAGUAAAUGUACACUUUGAGAGUUUAUAAUCAAAAACAUGAUUUAGUACUGCUAUCUGUUCAUGAGUUUAAAAGCAGUUGAAAAUAAAUUUUUAUU